AUGCCGGCCAUCGUCAACCUCCUCUUCAACGUGGUCUCCACCAACACCACCAUCUCCUUCACCGUGGUGCUGCCGAUGGUCAGCCUGGUCUCCCUCCUGGUGGGGGUCGGUGGUCACCUCCUGCUGUGGCUGGUGCUGGUGAGGAACCCCCGCAGCCGCUCCAAGCCGAGCUCCGUCCUGCUCCUCAACCUCAGCCUGGCCGACCUGGGCGCCUUGCUCACGCUGCCCUGUGUGCUUCUGAGCGCCAGUUUCCAGAACUGGCAGCUCGGCGGCGCGACCUGCGUCCUCCUGGGAUUCAUGACUUCGGUCACAGUGGGAGUGGAGAUCUUCAGCCUGGCGGCGCUGUCGGUGUUGAGGUAUCGAAUCGUUGCACCGCGGACGAGGCCACCUGCGAGUCUGACACAAGUGUUAUACAUUGUGGUAGCCAUUUGGUUGGUCUCAUUGACCAUGGCGUUGCCAAAAGUCACCUACAUCAACUUUGACAGCGGCUGCACGUGGUCGGUCGGCCAAGACGAGUGGUUGUUCUUCCUGGUUCCUGCCUUCUUGGUUUACUACGUGGUCCCUCUCCUCUGCAUUGCCAUCAACUGCGGUCUCAUCAUCUCCCACCUCCACAGCUGCAGGGGAACGCUGGCUGCUGACAGGCGCAACAAGAAAGCAACCGCCCUGCUCAUUGGGUCAACGCUGGUUUUUGCAGUUAGCUGGCUGCCGUACUACGCAGUCGAGUUUGUCAAUGUCAUGUCUCCUUAUCUGUCUUCAAUUUCCCCUCCGUCAGCCACCUCUCCUGAGCCGAGCGAGGGAACACCGACCAGAGUGUCCCUGCUGUGGGAAGUGGCUUCCCUGGCGGCCAUUUUGUUGGUGUGCCUGGCACCGUGCUGGAACCCGCCUCUGUACUUCCUGUUGUCACGUCCGGCUGUGCGUCAGCUCCGGGCUCUUUUGCCUUCUUUCUUUCAAAAGCAUUUGAGUGAAAAACCAGCACAGCGCUGGCAGAUCGCUCCUGCUCCUCCCCUUCCCCCUCCACACCUGCCAAUCCCUCAGCCUCCUGCAGAGUCCCUUACUCACCAAACCCUGACACACAAACUGACUCAGUAA